UAAUCGUGAACGCGCCCCAUAGAGUGUAGUUGUAAGUAGACUGCGUUGCUUCGCUGUAACUCGGUACCGAAGAUAAUCGACCGCUGGAGUGCAAAUGUUUUGACCUUCAUUCUUCAGGGUCGGACCUCCCCCUUGAAUUCAACUGAUCAGAAUAUCGGAUACGAGACUGUUAUUGUUGUGUUUCUUCGUGGCUUUUGGUGAACGUCUUGCGUCAUAUUUGUGAAGAGAGUCGGACACGUCCUUUAUCCUGUCGGCCUUGGCAACCUGCUAGCUCAGUUAGCUACUUGUUUUGUUGCGGCUGUGGUUCGGGGGUAAAACCUUACACUUCAGAGGUUUCACCCAGGAAUGGAUACUGGAGUUGUCACCGAAAAGAAAAGACCAAGAUGGAAACCAAGUUUCUCUGUUCUCUUCACAAGGGUGAGCUCGGAGCGCAGGAAGGAGAAGUCAAGGGAUGCGGCCCGAUGUCGCAGAGGCAAGGAGUCUGAGGUAUUUUACGAGCUUGCAAACCAGCUGCCCCUGCCCCACAAUGUCACCUCUCACCUGGACAAAGCCUCCAUCAUGAGGCUCACCAUCAGCUACCUGCGCAUGAGAAAACUGCUGAACUCUUGUCAGAAUAAAGAUGAAACAGUGGAGGAGUCUGAACUGGAGAGCCAGCUCAACAGCUUCUAUCUGAAGGCGCUGGAAGGCUUCCUAAUGGUUCUAUCUGAAGAUGGAGACAUGGUCUAUCUCUCUGAUAAUGUCUGCAAAUGCAUGGGCCUCACACAGUUUGAUUUGACCGGCCACAGCAUUUUUGACUUUGCACAUCCUUGUGAUCAAGAGGAAGUAAGGGAGAUGCUGGUGCACAGAACUGGGUCCAAGAAAACCAAGGAGAUAAACACAGAACGAAGCUUUUUCCUGCGCAUGAAGUGCACACUCACUAGUAGAGGUCGCACUGUCAACAUCAAGUCUUCCACUUGGAAGGUUCUUCACUGCACAGGACACGUGCGUGUUCAGGAGCACAGUGGUGGUUCUGGGGAUGGGGGAUUUAAAGAGCCUUCCAUUACCUAUCUGGUCUUGAUCUGUGAGCCCAUACCUCACCCCUCCAACAUCGAGGUGCCUCUGGAUAGCAAAACCUUCCUAAGUCGCCAUACUCUGGAUAUGAAGUUCUCAUACUGUGAUGAAAGAAUCACAGAACUGAUGGGACAUGAGCCAGAUGACCUGCUAAAUAGGUCUGUGUAUGAAUACUACCAUGCCCUGGACUCUGACCACCUCAACAAGACACAUCAUAAUUUGUUUGCAAAAGGUCAGGCUACCACAGGUCAAUAUCGCAUGCUGGCCAAGAAAGCAGGCUUUGUAUGGGUUGAAACUCAAGCCACUGUCAUUUACAACCCCAAGAACUCCCAGCCUCAGUGUGUUGUGUGUGUCAACUACGUUCUCAGUGGUAUUGUGGAGGAGGACAUGGUUCUUUCUCUGCAGCAGACCAUGCCUGAGAAGACUGCGGAGACUGUGGAGAGGGAGGAGGAGGAGGAGGAGGAGCUGCAAGUAGAGAAGGAGGACAAUUCAAUUAUGGAUAUGAUGAAGCUCUUCAAGAAGGACCUGUUGACCAGCUUGGACAGUCCCAACAACCUGUAUGAGAAGCUCAAGGAUGAACCAGAAGCCCUCACCGUUCUGGCUCCAGCUGCUGGGGACACCAUUAUUUCACUUGAUUUCAACAGCUCAGACUCUGAAAUACAGCUGUUGAAGGAGGUACCCCUUUACAAUGACGUCAUGCUGCCCUCCACCAGUGAGAAAACUGCUUUGCCGCUGUCACCACUGACACCCAGCAAUCCCUCUCCAGAUUUGGAAAAAAUGGAGCCUGGAACAGAGGACUUUUCAUUCACGUCCACAGCCCACCGCACCAAGGACACUGCCAAUACUCCAUCUAGCUCCACCAGUUCCUCAGAGCCCAGUAGUCCUGCAGAUUACUUCCAUGUUGAUUCAGAUAUUGGUUCUGAAUUUAAACUGGAUUUGGUUGAGAAAAUGUUUGCUACUGACACAGAAGCCAACACAGAUUUUAACACACAGGAAAUGGGUGAUCUUGACCUUGAGAUGCUCGCCCCGUAUAUUCCGAUGGAUGAUGACUUCCAGCUGCAUAUCCCCUCCCCUCUGGACACACUCCCUUCUAGUCCUCAGACUGGUUCUGAUAUUAACUCUCUCUUCCAGCAGUCACCCCCUCACCCACCUUCAGCAUCCAGUACCAACAUUUCUUUAAAACCAGAGCCAUCACCCCGCAUCCCCUCUCCCCUCCACCUGCUGCAGGAGGUGAGCAGCAUCUUUGUCACACCCUUCAAUGAGGUCUCGCAAGCCCUUGACAACAGCCCACCGAUUGGCACCCCAUUGGCCAAAAGUAUACAAAUGGAAGACCAGGGAGUUCACCUUUCUACAAAGGUUCUUUCUGUCCAAAAUGCCCAGCGGAAGAGGAAACUAGAGAUUACAUCACUCUCUCAAGCGGUUGGACUGGAUGCUUUGCUCCAGUCUGUGGAUGAAGCUGUUGAGCCUGGGAAGAGGGCCAAGGUGCUGGAGGUUAAAGGUUCAAGCUUACUUGGCGGGAACAAAACCAUUCUGAUACUGCCAUCUGAUGUGGCCAGUCGUUUGCUGAGCAGCUCAUUUGAGACCAGAGGAGGUUUACCACAACUGACACGCUACGACUGUGAGGUCAACGCCCCUAUUCAGGACCGUCACUCCCUGCUACAGGGCGAGGAGCUGCUGCGUGCCCUGGACCAAGUUAACUGAGUCUAGCUUGCUUAGCAAUUCCGGACACUGUAUCCCUUUGUAUCCCAAUGUCUGGCCCUACCCCAUCCACAUUACCUUCCAAAGCAAAACCAUUGCCCCAACUGAUCACGGCCUACUGACUAUCCCUGCAUAUUCCGCUGCUCUCAAAGGGCAUCCCUCAUACCAGUGGCCUGGAGGCCAAAUCCUUAAUGAUUAUUAGAGGUAUGUGUUUUCUUGCUAGUCAAGGGAAAGUAGUGUAUCCUGCACUAUGACCAAGAGCAAAGUCAAGAGCCUUAAUGCUAAACGCACAGUUCCUUAAACACAUGUAUUCACUUGUCCCACACUCUGUGUUCCUCCUGUUUUUGUCUACCCCAAGCAUUUUGUAUUGUAGCUAAAGUCGCACAAUAAACUAUUUUCGUAAUAUAGAAUACCAGCAGUUCAUGCAAUAUACAAUUUUUUUUAAAUAUGUACUUUUAACAGUUAUUAUAACCGUAUUUGUUUCUCUCUUGCUUUUUUCAUUCAUCAGUUUUGUCCAUACACAGUUACAUUUAAGAUGUUUGUUUCCCAUUUAUAGGCUCCAUGGCAGAUAUUCUUAUUGCUAUUGAGAUACUUGUGUAGUUCACCAGUCCACUGUGCACAGGUAAAAGCAGUUCUCACAAAUGUGCUGAAGGGAAUUCAUAAGAAUUGAAAUUGACAUUUUUUGCAAUGUGCAAAUGUCUGUAACAUGGUUUUUUUUUUUCAAAGAGGUUGCUGAGUAUAACUGUUAAAGUUAUAAAGUUUUAUAUUUUUAGCUGUCAUUUCUUCUGUCCUAAUAUAUGCAUAAACAUCAUGCUUGUUUUUGUGUCAUUCAGCAGGGUAGAUUUAAUAUUAUGCUUCUGAAGCGUAAUGUAGAGUGACCAUGCAAAGAUAAGUUAUCCAAGUGUCUAAUGGUAUAUAUUAAUAGAACAUUACUGCUCAGAUAAAGAAAACUCCUUUCCCUUGUGCUUUCAUAAUUUAACUUGGUCCUGCAGAUAUUUUCAUUUUAUAUUUUGUAGGAUAAACAUUUGCUUUUGUGGUGGUUGUAUUCUACUGUUCAUUUAUUUCAGUCUGUACACACAUUUCCUUAACACUAAAUGUAUUGUUUAUUGCAUAAUCAUUAAAGAAUAAUUGUGGACCAGAA